AUGAGCCAGCCCACCGACCUAGUCAUCUCCACGACGCCGCAGCCUGGGACUCGAGUCUGCACGCUGAACCGCCCGGCCAAGCGCAACGCCCUAUCGCAGGACCUCAUCGACCAACUGCUCCGUCAAUUGCAGCUAGCCUCGGCUGAUCCAGAGGUGCGAUCAAUCAUAAUCACAGGCGCUGGGGGUUUCUUUUCCGCCGGGGCCGACAUCAAAGAAAUCUCGCAGCUAGACGCCGAAGAUGCCCGGCGGGUCCGCUAUCUCCAGGACCUGUGCGACGGCGUACGCAAUGUGCGCAAGCCCGUUCUUGUCGCCGUCGAGGGGAAAGCUCUUGGGGGCGGGUUUGAGCUUGCGUUGAUGGCAGAUUUCAUCGUCGCAACGCCCGAAUCGCAGUUCGGCUUACCGGAAGUUUCUAUCGGUCUUAUCCCCGGCGCUGGGGGGACGCAGAGACUGACCAGCGCUCUUGGCAAAUAUAGGGCAAUGAAUGUGAUCCUCCUCGGUGAGCUUCUUUCUGGAUCAGAGGCACACAAUGUCGGCUUGGUGAGUCACCUUGCAGAGCCAGGGAAAGCUGGCGAACGUGCGCUGGACCUGGCUGCCAAACUGGCAUCGCGAAGCCCUACUGCUAUACAGCUGGCGAAAGAGGCUAUUUCCACUGCGGACCAGCUAGGGCAAGACGAGCCCUUCGAGCGGUCCCUCUAUUACAUGUCCUUCGGGACCAAGGAUAAGAAAGAAGGCGUUUCGGCGUUUCUGGAAAAGAGACCUCCUGUUUGGAGUAGCUCGGCUUAA